UAGCAUUCUAAUUAUUAAGAGCUGGUUAAUUUGCAUUCUUAAUCUUCACUCUUCAACCAGUGUGGUGGGAAUGUCAAUGAUGAUGGAGAAAGCAGAGUCUGGACAGAAGCUAUACACGCGAAUGCGGCUUUGGGAAUUUCCGCAUCAGUAUGUGAUAGAACCAACAGAUGGAUCUUCUUCUGGUUCUUAUUUNUCAGUUAGUNNAAAAGAUGGNUCCAUCAAGCUCAUUGAUGAGAUUUCUGAAAGCAGCACCGUUCGAGUUCCUAAGAUUUUCACANUUUAUGGGGUGGCUGGGAUGUUGCGGCUUUUGGAGGUCUCUGGUUUUUCUUAUUUGCCAAAGAAGACAGAGAUCGAUUUUUCUGGGAUAUUAAGAGUUGCUGAGAAGACUACGGGUCUGUUCUUCUCGUACAACGCCAAUUUAACUCUCAGUACCCAAAGGCUAAAUGACCUUGGUGACGAGUCUAGGUCGCUUCCCCUUUGGAGACAGGCAGAGCCUCGAUUUCUAUGGAAUAAUUAUCUGUUGGAAGUGCUCAUAGAGAACAAGCUUGACCCAUACUUACUCCCUAUCGUCCAAGGCAGUUUUCAUCACUUUGAAUCUGCUAUCGGGAAAGAUAUUAUUGAAAUCACGUUAAUCGCUAGGAGAUGCACGAGAAGAAAUGGAACCCGAAUGUGGAGAAGAGGAGCUGAUCCUGAUGGAUAUGUGGCUAAUUUUGUGGAAACAGAGCAAAUUAUGAAGAUCAAUGGGUAUACAGGAUCAAUUGUUCAGGUUCGUGGUUCAAUUCCACUGCCUUGGCAGCAAAUUGUUGACUUAACAUAUAAACCGAAGUAUGAAUUACUGAACCAUGAGGAAGCUCCCCGAGUUUUGGAGAGGCAUUUCUUAGAUUUAAGAAAAAAGUAUGGGUCUGUGUUAGCUAUUGACCUAGUUAACGAGCACGGAGGAGAAGGUCGGCUAUGCGAAAAAUAUGGAAAGACAAUGCAACAUGUAUCUGGUAACGAUGUCAGAUAUCUGCAUUUCGAUUUCCAUCACGUUUGCGGGCACAUCCAUUUUGAUCGUCUUUCAAUCCUUUAUGAUCAAAUAUCUGAUUUUAUUGAGAGAAAUGGAUACCUUCUAUUGAAUGAAAAGGGAGAGAAAAUGAAGGAGCAACUUGGGGUUGUGAGAACAAAUUGUAUUGAUUGUCUAGAUCGUACAAAUGUUACUCAGAGCAUGAUAGGCCGAAAUAUGCUAGAAUUCCAGCUCAGAAGAAUUGGGAUCUUUGGUGCCGAGGAAACCAUUAGUUCACAUCCAAAUCUAGAUGACAGCUAUAAGAUCUUGUGGGCUAAUCAUGGGGAUGAUAUAAGUACUCAAUAUACAGGCACUCCUGCUCUCAAAGGAGACUUUGUCCGAUUUGGGCAUCGCACAAUGCAGGGGAUAGUAAAUGAUGGUGUGAAUGCUCUUAUGCGCUAUUAUUUGAAUAACUUCUGUGAUGGAACAAAGCAGGAUGCAAUUGAUCUCUUACAAGGGCAUUUCAUAGUUUCUGCCAACCGAGAACAUAGUCCUUCUCAGAAUCAAGGCAUUGAAGCUAUUGCUUCAUUUCCUCUGGCUUUGGGUCUGGUUUUGACUGGCUUUUUUUUCACACUCAUGUCGUUGACGCAAGGUGAAUAUGAUUUUAAGCACUUGUUCUUCUCACUUGUGUGGGCAAGUAUUAGUGUUGGUAUAGCAGCAUUUGUGAAGGCCAAUGGUCGCGUUUUCUGCAACAGACCUCGCCUACACAAACCCCGAUGUUGACUUCCAUACACAGAUCACUGUUUGCAAUUAACAAUCCUCAACUGCAGGAAUCUUUGCACUUC